AUGUAUAUACAAUUACUGAAAGAAGUACUUCUUCAAAUGGAAGUUGAUGAUAAAGCAAAGAAAGAAUUAUUUCAAUUUUGUCGUAAAACGAAUAUAGGCAUAUUAGGAAGAAUGAAUAUCAUCGGUGAAUUUGAAAGAUAUUAUCAUAUGCAUACACCCAUGUGGUGGUACACUAGAGAAUCUUUUAUUCAUGACAUGAUUAAUCGAGUAUUACGAUUACAAGAUAUUGAUGCUAUUAUUCAAACGAGAUUCUUUAUACAAGAUCUUCAUCAACAAAUCGAACGAUUGUACGAACCACCAUCUAAAAAAUUGACACUUUAUCGAGGUCAAGGACUAUCGUACGGAGAUUUUCAGCAGCUGCGUCAGUUGAAAGGUGGUCUUUAUUCGUUUCAUUAUUUUCUAUCGACAACUAUGGAUCGGGAUACAGCUCUUACGUUUGCUCAAAGCGCUCGACAGGAUUCUCGCUUGAUUGGUAUUAUCUAUCAUAUAAAUAUUGAUCCUGUCUCUCUCAAGUCCGCUUUAUUCGCUUCAUUGGAUAAUGAGAGUUAUUACAAAGUGGAAAACGAGUUUUUAUUUACUAUGUAUACGAUAUUUCGAGUCGGAGAAAUAAUACAACUUGAACCAGAAUUGUGGCAAGUGGAACUUUCACUAACAAGUGAUAACGAUAAGGAUUUAAAGAAACUUACUGAAGAUAUUCGACAAGCAACACAAGGAUCAACAGGAUGGAGUCGACUUGGUAAAAUGUUGCUGACAAUGGGGAAGUUCGAUAAAGCUGAGAAAGUUCUCCAAAUACUUAUCAACAAAUCAUCUGAAGAUGAUUUAGAAGAACUUGGUCAUCUUUAUCAUCUAAUGGGUUUAGUUAAAGAAAAUAAAAAGGAAUACGACCAAGCAAUGGUGUUCUAUGAAAAGGUACUCAACAUCUAUCGAUCAUUACCCGACUCGAAUUAUUUACAUUUGACUAAACUUUACAAUGACAUUGGUUCAGUAUAUCUAUUUAAAAAAGAAUAUUCCAAAGCACUAGAAUAUUAUGAAAUGGCACUGGCCAUACAAGAAAAAUCUAAUCCUUUAAAUUAUUCGGAUUUAGUAAUUACAUAUGGCAAUUUGGCAGAAAUUUAUAAACACUUACGUGAUUAUUCUCAAUCUUUACGAUUCUAUCAAAAGGAGUUAGAUAUUUAUAAAAAAUCUACUCCUGUCAAUUAUUUAAAAUUGGCUACCAGCUACGAAAAUAUUGCUGAGAUUCAUUACCAUAUGAAAGAAUAUUCCGAAGCAUUACAAUUAUUUCGAAAGGUGUUGAAAAUUCGAGAAGAUCAUUUGCGUCGAAAUAAUACAAAAAUAGUUAUUAGUCAUAAAAAUCUUGGCAAAGUACUUGACAAAUUGGGAUAUUAUCUAGAAGCAAUCGAACAUUAUCAAUAUGCACGUUAUAUCUUGGCAAAAUCUGCUCCGGUGAAUUUUUCAGAAUUGACCAUGAUUUGUUAUAAAAUGGCUGAGAUCUAUAAGAAAAUAGGGAACAAGCUAAAAACACUCGAGAUAUAUCAAGAGACGUUAAUAAACUUGGAUAGAUCAUCACAUCGAAAAAAAGCAAUUUCAGCGACUAUACACGACAAUAUUGGUCAAGUUUAUGAAAGUAUAGGUGAAUACGGAAAAGCAAUCAUGUCUUAUAGACAAGCUAUUCAGAUUGAACAACUAUUAUCGGCUCAAAAUGAUUUUCAACUUCAAUUAUAUAAAAAACAUCUUGCUCAAGCUCGAAGAAAAAUUAAAUAA